UUAGGUUAAAACUUAUUUUGGGACGGAGCAAGUACCAGUUAAACACAUAUAUGAAAAAGAUGCCGACAAGCACAAGUACCACAUACUACAAUAUUAUUGCACGAGAUGGGUAAUGACAAUAGUUGGAAAAAAAAAAAAAAAUUUAGCACAAUGGUGUAUGCUGGCAGCUUCAAUGGUGCUGAAGACGAGCGGUGAGAAAAUUCCUAAUUUUUUGUAAGCCAAGUCAGAAUCCUAAACAAAUUAGGUAGAAUUUUAAUUUAGAGUCAAGUUGCCUUAUAAUACUCCUUUUAUAUCUCCUUUUUGCAAAUUAUUUUCUAGGAAUAGUAGCCUAUAAACAGAUACAACUCCUUUCUUUCAAACUCUCUUAUUCUUCUAAGUUUCUCUUGGGACGUUUACAAAAAUUGGGGAGUUAAAAGUUUAGUUUUUCUUUUUUUUCCUAAAUAUAAAUUUGUUUGGAGUUGAACUUACAUUUCCCUCCCCGUGUGCUAUGAAUUUCUGUUAACUCGCUGAUAUCUUUUUUUUUUUUUUUUUUUUUUUUAACUCCUAUGGUUAGGGUUUGAUUUUGUUAUGCACUACCGCCAAUGCUGCCAUUAAUAUGGACCCUGAACGGUGCAAAGACAGCACAAAGCUUUUUAAGUCUACUUUUUUUAAUGCAAUAUUGGAAUCGCACGUAACAACCCAGCAUGCUGUGCCAUGUGGUGUGCAUGCUGCCACUGCACAGUACGAAGACAGUCGAAAGAGCUUAGAAUUACGUUAUGGUGUUAAAAUUCCCCUCAAUGCUGUGCAAGCCGCUUGUGAAAUCCUUGAGAGCAUCUCGCCAAAAGUUGGAAUGGCUUAACUGUUGGAAGAAGCUGCCACUAAGUCGAGAAAAGACUUUGAUUGCGAUUCAGGAGAGAAAGACCUUGAUCGUUACGGGUUUCUGUUUAAUCGUGUCUUUGUUGAGUCAAGGGAGAUCAUGAAGGAGAAGGAUUGUGCACUGUCUGCCCUGCUUCCUUGCGUGAAAGAAGAACUAGAGGAGGUGACAGGUGCCCUUGAAGCUUUUACAAAGCGCUGGCCUGCCCCUCUACAUGGUCAACAUCACAUCACAGUGGUUAGAGAUAAAUAUUUGAAAAAUCUGCUCAGCUUAUUUUGGGAUAUUCUUAAUGGCGCGAAAGAACAGGGGAACUUGGAUGGUGUCACAAACGCCAUUCGAGAUCUCCAUGUUGCCUUUUCUGCACUUUCGGAAACUAUAGAUAUAAGGUGUACACAGCAUCUCACCGUCGCUCCUCGCAUAGUUGCAAAGGUUUGUUUUUCCUACUUCGUUCUAGUCAAUCUUGCUACUGUCCAAGAUCCUUUCGUAGAAGGAGAUACCAUGGAUACUUUCUUUUUUAUGCUUGAAGUUUCCAACAAAGAAUAAGUAUUUCAAUUUUCUGGUUGCUAGCUCAAUCACGGGUGUUCCAAGAAAUUUCUUUCCUGCUCUGUUCCAGUUGCCGGUUGAACUCCUAGUGCAAAGAUUGUCCCGGAAACUUGUAGGUCUAGAUAAUCAACUUAGGGCCAUCAUAAAUGCAAUGUCAAUCCAUAAGCUUGGAUCACGCCCUCUGUAUUCUUUCCUCUUGUUAGGUCAUCCAGGUCAUGGGAAGACAGCACUUGCUGUGGCGCUUGCAAAAGAAAUGUUUGAUAAUAGGAUUGUUGAAUAUAAUGUGGCUGGUUUUACAGAAGAUGAUUUUACAGUAGAAGUUUUCUCAUGUCCGUUCUUGGUUGUUAACGAGUCAGAUGGGGCUAGCGACUCGACGGUCCGGCUUAUUUCGAGCUGUGUGUUAGUGUUUGAUAACGUUGACAAAGCCAACACCGCACUGUUCGACAUUAUCCUACGGAUUCUAGAGAUUGGGUCAUAUGUCGAUGCCUCUGGAAGGCAGAUUGUUUUCUCUAACACACUGAUUCUCUUCACAUCACGUGUGGAGUUUCCCAGGUGCCGCUGUGCAAGAGUUGUUUGGGAAACUUCUUUCAAGCCUCCUUUCAAGGGUUAAAAAGUGUAGGGGGAGUACAAUAGCCACGGUGCGAUUGCAGUUUUCAUGAAUGUCUAAGUGAUGCAGAGAAGCAGUUCAAGCCUCGGUUUUUUGAUUCUGUGGAUGACGUAAUUUUGAUCCCUUGGCUAUCUCUUUCUCAGUUUAUGUCAGUUUUCAGAAUACAAGUCCGCGAUGCCGCCUCCUUAUUCGAAGAAAAAGUGGUUGUCUACCCGUCUGCCGCCGUGUUUCGUUAUAUUUGGAGGAAUAAGUAUGACAAGAUGCAAGAGGAAGGUGGUCAUGUAGUUAAGCAUUUUGUGGAGGAGUUAGUCUCCAAGUUGAGCAAUGUGGAUAGCCAGUCCAUAGUAUACAUUGAUGAGUUGGUGGGUACCAAUGAAUUGUCUGUCAGAACUCAGAACUUAAGUGAUGUGACAGUUGCCCAUGACUUUAAGACGUUCAAAGUAUCCUUGGGAAAGUUGAGGAUCCUCUACCAGUUCGAAAAAGAACAUGCUAAGCAGAUAUACAAACUAAGCAUUGUUUAGUUUGAUCUUGUCAAUUUGUUGGAUUCAAAGCAUGAUGCCCGACUUCCUUGUAUUCUGAAUAGUUUACUGGAAUUGCAUGCUAUGGUAGAUAAUUUAUUGGCCAGACCCAAAGAUUGGAGAGAGCUGGUGUCACUUGAGUACUUCGCAUAUUCACAUGGCGUGGGGGAUGUUGUGCAUGAGAGGGUCAACAGGGCUAGGUACACGUCUGAGGCUAUGUUUUCCAAAAUGCGAAGUAAAUUGGUUGAGCAAGUUACACCUGUCCAGACAGUCGCAAAGGCUCUAUUUAAGUGCAUUGAUGCCGAUCAUGAUCAUCUCAAGGACAAGCAUUGUCAACAAGUUGCAUCUUUCCUUUUCACAGGACUAACAAGUAUGGGUCAAAGACAGCUUGUGGAUGACCUUUCAAAGUACUUGGUUGCAGAUGAUGGGACAACGAUGUUGGUAGAAGUGGAUUUGGCUACCUGCACUAGCCCAAACUCUUUUCUCAGAUGCACAUGUAGGAAUGAACGUGGUCUCUUGCUGAAGAACACUAUUUUGAUGAGACCCUAUAGCGUCAUAGUGGUUUUUAACCUACAAUUGGCACAUCAAUCUGCUUUUACCACGAUUAUUUCCAUUCUAGAUGAUGGUUUGGUGUCCGACAAUGAUGGGACUGUUGUAGAUUUCCGGAAAACUAUUAUCAUUUUUGUCCUGGAUCAAGGAAAUAAAGGUUUAAUUUCCAAGCUUGUCGGUGGAGGUCCAUAUGGAUCCAUUAAUCAGGAUCGAAACAUGGACAAGGAUCCUAUAGGCUUUAGAUUUGAGGUACUUAACCGGGUGGAUGAAAUUAUGCUUUUUAAUGCAGAUUUACUCCACGGUGCUCGAUUGUCUAUGAAAGAGGGCAGGCAUCUCGUAAUGACUUCACCCGGGAUAAAUGAUGCAUUGGUUAAUCUGUUUUACAAUGGCAAGAGAGAAGUGGAUGGAAACAACAGGAACUUAUUUGAUGAAUUAAUGAGAAUCACUGAAGAUGCAUGUAUGUCCCAACUCAGGAGAGGACUCGUCAAAUUUUGACGGAACUGAAUGCACCUGAAUUUGUAAAUGGAUCAUAGUUUGAUAGACAAAGUAUAUUAUUUAAGUUUAGCUUUUAGCUGAAUAUAUCUUGUGCUUAUUUGCUUUAGGAUUUGACUGCUAACAUCAAUCACGCAAACCAGAGAUAGCAAUUUUUUGGCUCAUGCCUUUGCUUUUCAGGAAUUAACAAUGAAUAAGUAUAAAGCCUGUUUGGAUUGACUUAUUUUAAGUGCUUUUAAGCACUUUUAUAGUGUUUGGGUAAAAUACAAAAGUGCUUUUAAGAACUUGUUUUUAAGCCAAAAUAAGUAAGUCAAAAACCACAAGUCCAUACAAACAGGCAAAGUGCUGGAUUUAGGUUAGAGCUUUUCUUUCUCAACGAUCUGCAUAUG